AUGCCAGUCCCAAAUAUCAGCCAGGUAGUGCCCGGCGCAGCAGUCUCCAUCGUCCUCAAAGCAGACCAACCUACCGGCCGUCAAGUCCAAGGUGUUGUCCAAAACGUAUUGACAUCUGGAAACCACCCUCGAGGCAUCAAAGUGCGGCUCAGUGAUGGUAGAGUCGGUCGCGUACAGAGAAUGCACACUGGCGAUAUACCGCCCCAAGAAACCAUCGCAGCACCUAGCUCUGCGUCAAGAAAUACAAGACCACCUAGGNAGAGAGAUAACCGACGUUCGAAAUUCCAGUCGAGAGAUGUUAGACUGGAUGAAGAUGGCGAAGCGCCAGCUGAAGAAAUUGAUCUGUUUGCGUACAUGAAGCCGGCAAAGCAGAAGAAAAAGGGAGGCGCGAAAGCUCAGGCGUCGGUGGAAGAAGAUGAGCCGACCGUGGAAGCUGCGACUACUGCUACUUGCCCUGUUUGUGGAAACUUCGAAGGAGACGAAACGGCAGUCGCGCAUCAUGUCGAGUCGCACUUUGCUUGA